UAUAUAAGUUCUGGUCUCUCGCAAUCCAGUAAACAAAAACCUGUUUGGUCGGAAGACUAUUUAAGAAGAAUCUUUACAUUUGUGCUUUAAACAAGAUGAAACCCGUGCUAGUGCUAGCCCUUUUUCUACCACUCGCCAUGUGCGAGACUUAUGGCCUAAUCCGUGUCGUGCGAUCGCCAACCCACCACUUGGGAUUCAAUAAAGGCUUCGGUGGCGGCCUUGGUGGCGGUUACGGAGGCGGCGGCGGAUUUGGAGGAGGCGGCGGCUUCGGUGGUGGUUUCGGGGGAGGUGGCGGAUUUGGCAGCGGCGGCGGCGGCGGUGGUUUGGGAGGUUUCAAAGGAAAAUUGCUCGGAGGUGGACUGGGUGGGGGAUAUGGAGGAAAAGGAGGGUAUUACGGCGGAGGACCCGGGUUUGGAGGAUCAGCGUCGAGUGCCAGUGCGAACGCACAGUCCUCCAGCUUUGGGAGUGGAGGCUUUGGAGGCUCACAAGCCUCUGCAUCGGCCUCGGCGCAGUCUUUUGGAGGCGGGUACGGCAGACGGUGAUUAAAUAAUUAAACAUAUUUAUGGCAAA